CUACUGUUUGAUAGAGAUGAUGGGCAUUUGUUCCUCCUUGAAAGCAAAAUCCUGAAUUAGGUUUAUCGCUGCUCAGUUUCUAUCUAUUUCCCUUUCAAAUUCUCUCUCUUUCUUUACCAAACCAGUAAGCAAGGUACGUUCAGACUCACCGAUCCAAUGACCUCGAAGCUACUUGCUUCUAAUCUCCGUCACCACCUCACAAGAUCCGCCCGCAUCCUCUUCCGCCGCCAACCGCUUUCAACUGCGACAGCAGCGGCGGCGGACUCGCCCCAACCCUAUGAAGACGCCGCGGGAAUCACGAUGAAAGGGGUGAAAAUCUCCGGUAGACCGCUUUACCUGGACGUGCAAGCGACCUCACCGGUGGACCCUCGCGUGCUGGACGCCAUGCUCCCCUUCUUCCUUUCUCGCUACGGAAACCCUCACUCUCGAACACACUUCUACGGUUGGGAAUCCGAUGAGGCUGUUGAGCGAGCACGUUCUCAGGUUGCGGCCCUUAUAGGCGCUUCCCCCAAAGAAAUAGUGUUUACCUCAGGGGCAACUGAAUCCAACAACAUCUCCAUUAAGGGUGUGAUGCAUUUCUACAGGGAGAAGAAGAAGCAUGUGAUUACCACCCAGACGGAGCACAAGUGUGUUCUUGAUUCUUGCCGCCACCUUCAGCAGGAGGGUUUUGAUGUCACUUAUCUUCCCGUUGAGUCUGAUGGUUUGGUUGAUUUGGAGAAGCUUAGGGCUGCUAUUAGGCCUGAUACCGGUCUUGUUUCUGUGAUGGCUGUCAAUAACGAGAUUGGGGUGGUUCAACCUGUUGAGGAAAUUGGGAAGAUUUGCAAGGAAUUCAAUGUUCCUUUUCACACUGAUGCAGCUCAGGCUUUGGGGAAGAUUCCUAUUGAUGUUGAAAAGUGGAAUGUGAGUUUGAUGUCUCUGAGUGGACAUAAGAUUUAUGGACCUAAAGGUGUUGGGGCUUUGUAUCUUAGGAGGCGGCCAAGGAUUCGUGUCGAGCCUCAGAUGAACGGUGGUGGACAAGAGAGAGGGAUCAGGAGUGGGACUGUGCCUACCCCUUUGGCCGUGGGGAUGGGUGCAGCUUGUGAGUUGGCAAUGAAGGAGAUGCAGUAUGAUGAGAGUAGGAUUUCCAUGUUGCAGGAGCGGUUGCUUAAUGGGAUUAGAGACAGGAUUGAUGGGGUUGUGGUGAAUGGAAGCAUGGAGAGGCGCUAUGCUGGGAAUUUGAACUUGUCCUUCGCUUAUGUUGAAGGGGAGAGUCUUCUUAUGGGGUUGAAGGAGGUUGCUGUAUCUAGUGGCAGUGCCUGUACCAGUGCAAGCUUGGAGCCUUCUUAUGUGUUGAGAGCAUUGGGUGUGGAUGAGGACAUGGCUCACACUUCCAUUAGGUUUGGGAUUGGGAGGUUCACCACAGAGAAGGAAAUUGAUAGGGCGGUUGAACUCACGGUUAAGCAGGUGGAGAAGUUGAGGGAGAUGAGUCCACUUUAUGAAAUGGUGAAGGAAGGUAUCAACAUCAAAGAGAUUCAAUGGGCACAGCACUGAUUAUCAGGGAAGUUCAUGACUUAAUUGGAUUCAUAAAUAGCGAGCUGAAUGAAUUGGACCUGGAUAACACCCCUUCGGAGAUAGCUAAAUAUGUGUGCUGCUCAACCAUAUAAAUAAUCGUUGAUCACCCAGGUUUUUGGCGCCGUUCCAGACUCGUUUCGAGAAUCACAAUAGGUAAUUUAGGAUGAAACAUGCUCUUAAAUGGUUAUGUAUAAUAAUACCUUUCUAGGAUUGCUUACAUUUCUUGGCACGUACCUAUAUUACUUUGUCAUAUUGGAAUGAACACUUAUGCUCAUACCCAUUUUCUAGUUUUGUUUUAUUGUUUUUGUUCAUUGUUAAUCUUAACACGUAUGCCAACUACAUAUGGUGUUUCUUGUAUUGAAUGCAUUCUGCUCUCAGAAUACUGAACUAGACAAUGAUAGUUGAAUAAAGCAUAUGGUUUGUAUGCUAUCGACAACCUUCAAUUUGCUUGGUUGUUUCUUGUUUGA